AUGGUAAAAAGGUCACUGGCAUGUUUUCUCAAGGCACUGGAUGGGGUGUACGUUCAUUCUCCCUCUCUUUAUGGAUUUCUUCUCGGUGCCUUGAUCCAAAUCUCACCCAUUGUCUUUCCCCCACACCAACCAGCCAUUUCUUUAAAACUUACACAAAGGAUGGAAUUGCCAAAGAGAGUACUCGUCACGGGUGGAAGCGGCUUCUUGGGAGGACACAUAGUCCGACAACUUCUCGACGAUGCAGAAACAACUGUUGCUAUUGUCAGCCGUCAUCCCAAGAUGCCAGCUAAUGUUUCUGACGAUUCUUGUGUCUCGCUUCAUACAGCCGACCUGACAAUACCGAAUCAGAUUGAACAGGUCUUUGAGAAGUUCAAACCACAUGCUGUUAUUCAUACAGCUUCGCCUUCUUAUCUCGACACACAUGCGAACCUGGUUAAGGCAAACGUCGAUGGGACAAAAGCCUUGCUGAAAACUGCUUUAGCGUGUGCUGAUACACGAGCUUUUGUCUUUACGUCCUCUGAUUCAGCCGUUAUACCCACGCAAGAACCUCUCUCAGAAGACGACGCUGUUCUGUAUGAUGAGACGAACGCCCCGAAUGCUUAUGCAAUGUCAAAGGCCGUGGCUGAAAGACUUGUCCUGGCCUCAAACUCAGAAGAGCUUCGGACUUCAGCAAUACGAAUACCUGCCAUAUACGGCGAAUACGAUACGAACUUCGUGCCUCAGUUGGUUCAGAGUAUUCGAAGAAAGGAGCACAAAAUGCAAGUUGGCAAUGACUCCAAGGUUUUCGAGUUUCUGUAUGUCAAGAAAGCAGCCGAGGCACACAUCCUCUCCAUGAAGGCUCUUCUUCACCCCGAGAGACGCGAUAAGGCUGGUGGUCCGGCAUUCUUCAUCUCAGAUGGCAAGCCUCAGAAGUUCUUUGACUUCUCUCGGAAGUUCUACGCCGCAGCUGGGCAUCCUGUUGCACUGGAAGAGGUUACGACGAUUCCGUUCUUUAUGAUGCAGGCGAUGGCAUCGACGGCUGAAUGGGUUUACUGGGUUCUGACGUUGGGAUAUAUCAAGCCUGAUAUGCGAAGGACUGCUAUUGACCAUCUAGACUCUGGGUGCUGUUGGUCAUUGGAGAAAGCGAAGAGGGCUUUGGGAUAUGAACCUGUUGAGGAUCAGAAUGAGGCUAUUAGGAAGACUAUGGAGUGGGCGAUGAACGCCCUGUGA